AAAAGAAAAGAAAAAGAAACGAUUUUCGAAGUCUCUUAUCUAAUCUCGGUGACAGAAAAAAAGGUUUUCCCGGUUCUGUCUUGGCGAAGGACACUUUGAAGUUUCUUAGACAAUGGAAGGAAUAUGUUCUUUCGGAGGACAGAUUCUUACAACAAUACCCAGUUCCUCAUCCUCUCUCCACAGAAAAGGGUUUCGUUUCCAAGGAUUCAAGGACAAUGCCAAUAAUCUUGUCAGAUUCUCAAGCUUGAGGAAUCACUCAGAUUCUGGAAAGUUAGGGUUUCUCGAUCUCAAGAUCAUAGCUUCAGGCCCAAUGAAAGCAAGCUCUGUAGCAACUGAAGCAAACCCUAAGAGUUCAGAUUCCAAAGACAGAGAUGUCGUCUUCGUUGCCGGUGCUACUGGUAAAGUUGGUUCUAGAACUGUGAGAGAGCUUCUGAAACUCGGUUUUCGGGUAAAAGCUGGAGUCCGAAGCACUCAGAAAGCACAAAGCCUCAUGCAAAGCGUCAAGGAGAUGAAUCUGCAGAACAAGAAUGAAGCAACUCAAUCUGUAGAAAAGCUCGAAAUUGUGGAAUGUGAUUUGGAGAAGAAGGAUUCGAUAGAACCCGCUCUCGGAAAUGCAUCCGUGGUUAUAUGCUGCAUCGGGGCUAGUGAGAAGGAAAUUUUCGAUAUCACGGGUCCUUACAGGAUCGACUUCCAGGCUACCAAGAACCUUGUUGAUGCAGCAAAAGCUGCAAAAGUUGACCACUUCCUUCUGGUAACAUCCUUGGGAACAAAUAAAUUCGGGUUCCCAGCCGCAGUUCUCAACCUCUUCUGGGGUGUUCUUUGCUGGAAGAGGAGAGCAGAAGAAGCACUUAUUGCUAGUGGUGUCCCUUACACUAUAGUGAGACCUGGAGGAAUGGAAAGACCAACUGAUGCAUACAAGGAAACUCAUAAUCUCACUCUUUCACUUGAAGAUACUUUGUUUGGAGGUCAGGUCUCGAAUCUCCAGGUUGCGGAAUUGCUCGCCUUUAUGGCGAAGAACCCUCAAAUUUCUUACUGUAAGAUUGUGGAAGCCAUUGCUGAAACAACCUCGCCAUUAACUCCCAUGGAAGAUCUUCUCAAGAGGGUUCCUUCGAAACGUCCUUAUAUUCCCCCACCAACGGAACAGGCUGCAGCUAAAUUGGCCGAGCCUGCGGCUUCCAAGACUGUAAAUCAAGAACCCGAAGCUCCGGCCGAGGAAGAAGCACCUCCCAUAGAAAAGCCUGUGGAAGCGAGGCCGCUUUCUCCUUACGCCACCUACGAAGAUCUUAAACCUCCAACGUCUCCCACUCCUUCAUCAACAAUCGAGUCACUUGGUCAAACAUCGAAAACCUUAGCAGAAGAAUCGGCGAAGCAAGUAGCCGAAACGAAAACUCGGCCUCUAUCGCCUUAUGCGUGUUAUGAUGAUCUGAAGCCACCCACAUCACCAUCUCCUUCAGCUUCAACCAGAAAGCUCGAUUCUUCGCCGGUUCCUAGCAUUUCUGAACCCGAAAAAAGUUUGAUUUCCGCACCGAGCCCGCAAAGAGCGAGGCCUCUCUCCCCUUAUGCAGCCUAUGCGGAUCUGAAACCGCCUACCUCUCCGAUUCCUACACCGUCGGGGACUUCAAAUUCCACACAAAACGCCUCAGAGUCCCUCGGAGGCAACGAUGUGGCCAAAACAGCCAUCACCAUUAAUGACACUGAACAGCUUUCUCAGAGUAACUCGCCUUUUGGAGCGUACGGGGAUCUGAAACCACCGAGUUCUCCCUCACCGACCUCCACAACUCUGUCUACGCCGCCGGAACCACCUGUUAACACUGUGCCUGAGACCUCAAAUCAAGAACAACCGGAUCAAACCAGUCCAAAGCCACGGCCUUUGUCGCCUUACGCAAUGCUGAGUUGGACUCUGAUGAGGUGAGGAGAGAGGUGAUUCAUCUCGUCCGAUGAGGCCACAAAGAAAGACGCGAAAGGGCGAGGAAAGAUUAUGAAGGUCCGAAUCCGUGGCGAGGACAAGGUGAAUGUCGAGGGGAUGAGCGGCGAGUCACUCACCGUUCUCAUCGGCCCCUUGCGACGCUGUCGAUCCCUUGCGGCCUCACCUCCUCGCCUCCUCCUCCCCUCCAGUUCGGGUACCCACGGGUGAUGAAUAAAUAAUCUCUGGCCAAAAACCAGAAUUCAAAUUUUCCGAACCGUACUCGUCCAGCCGUUAUUUCGGAUAUCUGAGUUGGGGAUAGGCCGGAUACUCUGAAAUUUCGAAUAUCCAGGGGCUUAUCCUCGCUCAAGAACAAGAUUCCGGGCGAUCCUUUUGCUUUGUCCUAUGAGAAUGCAAACACAACAAGAGAGAAAGUAAUGUCUCGUUUGUAUGUUUUCUAUGGAUGAUGACAA